GCCAAAGCGCGCGGUUUCUCUUACCUCUGGUUUGCUAGGGUAGACUAGCUUUUAGGAGUGAGGAAGGGAAGAGGUCAUCCAACAAUGUCCGGUGAGUCAGUCCAGCCUCAGGCUGGUCCCUCACAUGCUGGGUUCGAUUUUCCGUACCCUGAGCCAAUUCGGGCUGCCAUCGUCCCGGGGGGCGUGAUCCGAAGGGCUGCCCCGGCGCCCAAGUCCUGGAUCCAAAAGGUUCUUGACCAAAUAAUCGGCUCACCACGCCAGUGGGUGACCCCCUCAGAGGUGGUACCUGUUACUGUGCUGGCCGUCCAAAGAUAUCUGUUAGAGGACGAGCCACGGGACAUAAUACCCAACCUUCCUCUUUACUGCUAUGAUGUGACGAUCUCAGACGGCGUUUACCAGGAGAAGUGCUACCUGGACCCCAGCUUAAACUUUCUCAUUUAUCAAAAUAUUCUUAAAGUUGGCAUAGAAAUGAGAAUUUCCAGAGUCUCCUGUGUUUACAAUGAGAAACGAUUAGGCCAGGGCAUCCUGUGCAUAGAUAACGUCCACUGUGGGGAGACCUUAGAUACGGUUUUUGUAGAAAUUCCCUUCAGAAAUAGAGCGCACGGGGAGAAACCAGACAGGCCUUUAAGAGGCGUGAAGAGUCAUUACCUGGCGCUCUGGAAUAACGAAGAUCCAUAUGGAGACAUCUGGUUAACUAACAAGCAACCUGCCGAAUACAAUUUUAGCGACACCAAAAUAAUUGCCCUUUCUCACCUUGAAACGACCUGGUUUAACAGAAGAACUUUUCCUGCGUUGCUUGUGAGGAUCUUGCAGAAAUCAAAACUGCGAUACUAUGGAAAACCUGAUAAAAAGAUGAUUGAACCAUACCAGACCUUUUUGGAAGUUGCUGAUAGUUCAGGCACGGUGUCAGUGAUUAUGUGGAAUACCCUGUGUCCUGAAUGGUAUAAAAGUUUGCAUGUUGGUUUAGUGCUUCUGCUCCAAGAUUAUUCUGUUAAAAAGAGUUAUCCAUUCAGGAUGCCACCUCUCCCUGCGGAUCCACAGAUCAAAGUGAUUACUACAAUGGGUCCAAUAUCAGAACUGGAUGAUAUGCCAGAAAAUCGUAUCUGUGAUGUUAUUGGCUUGCUAGUUUUUGUAGGAAGAGUCCAGCGGUCAAAAAAGAAAGAAAGCCGUGAAGAUUAUUGGUCUUAUCGCUGGAUCCACAUCAUUGACGGGACUUCAGAGCUACCAUUUAUAGUGGAACUGUUUUCUACAUCUCAGCCAGAAAUCUUUGAAAAUAUUUACCCAAUGUCAUAUUUUGUGUGUACACAAUUGAAAGUUGUCAGAAAUGACACUCAGACACCCAAGCUGCUUUACCUCACCACUACAAAUGAGAGUCGCGUGUUUAUGACUGGAGGUCAUAGAGGCCAACCAUAUACCUACGAAGCCAAGGUCAAAAACUUUAUUCAGUGGAUUAAAACAAAGACCGAGUCUGGGGAAGUGAAGAAUACCGUAAUUGGUGGCUACUAUCCCUAUCCACCAGUACCAGAGACAUUUACCAAGUAUAGUAGUUCUGUUAAAGUUGAAUCGCUCUUGACAGCCAUGAAUGAAGUGAAGAAGGAGAUUGAAGACUUGCAGUAUAGGGAACAAAAGCGCAUUGCAAUUCAGGGGAUAAUUACUGUUGUAAAGUUUAUCCCCCACAGCAGUGCAACUGAAAGUGCCACAGCAUCAGAAAUACCUUGGAUUAACCGACCCUCCACAUCUCAUGAUGAUGAACCUAUGAGUUUUCAGUCUUUUCAAAAUGCAUCUAUAAGUUUGUAUACAAGCAACAAAGUAAGAGUUCUUCAAGGCCCAAUUGCUAAACCAGUUAUUGUGACUCCGCCAGAAGCUUUUCUACAAGCAAAAGGAAAUAGACUGUUCAGGCCAAGCAUCUUUCAAUAUCGAGAUGGUACAAGUUCUGUUAUCCAACUGAAAGCCAGAAGGACUUUAAAUGAGAGGUGGGAGAGUCCACUGUGGAGAGAAAAAAGGCUUGGCUUAAUAGAGCACCUGCAUUACAGCAAUGUUUAUCCAGAAAGCAUUCCCCGGAAAUUUAUUUUGGAACACAAAAAGUUUCUUAUUGAGCAGUAUAAUUCUCAGCCUGCAAAAUACAUACCACCAGAAGGAAAGCCCCCGAAACUUGAUGAUUUUCAGAGUGCUCGAAGCCUUGGACAUUUUGAAGUAACCAUUCUAGGUCUGAACCAUGAGAUCGCAAUUGAUGUUGCAUUCCUACCCAUGUAUAGUCCAGAAGAUCUCCGAACAUCUCAAAUCGACACAUUGCUAACCAGCAUGAAUUACAGCUGUGUGUAUCCACAGGAAGUCGCCAACAAUGACCGACUGCCAGGGCCAAGAGCUGUUGCCAGUGAUAUUAUAAAAGCAGCAGCUGAACUGGAUAAAGUACAUAUCAUCGGUAUCUUGGAUAUCUGCAAUUUGGGUAACAAUAAAAUGGAAGUGUGUUUGCAUAAAAUUUAUAGGCCUGAGAAUACUUAUUAAAAAUUAGAAAAUGAAAUUAUUACAGAUUAUAAAGAGAGCUCUGCUUUAAAUAUAUUGUUUCAUUUUCUUGGUAAUUUCAGUAACUGCUUUUAGCAAAAAUAUUACAUGAGCUCUGAAGUGAUGUGGUUUUAUGUUCAUCUUGUAUUUGGAGCUAACACACUUCAUUUUAGAUUCACUGUUGAAAAAAAGUCAUCUGAAUAAUUUCUGUGUAUCAGGCAAUUUUCCUUACUCUAUAUGGCUAUUAUCUUGACUUGUAACUCUUUAUGUUCACUGUUCCCUUUGUGAAGUGUACUUUUAUUCUAAAACCUCAGUAUAAGGCAUCCUAACUUACAAGAGUAACUUUUCUUGGAGAUAUAACAUCUUUCCAGUUUUAUUCACAUAUAUUGGAAAAUUUUGAAUUGCCAAUUUGAAGAUUAAAUUCUCCUAGUGUGGUCAACCUGCAUUUCUUUCUAGAUUUCUAACUGAAUUGUCAUGGUCCAGUUGCCCCUGUUCUUUUGUUUUGUCGGUUAUAAAAUGAACGUGCUGAAUUAAAUUGUCUUAAGUUCUUUCCACCCCAUAUUGUGACUUUGUAUGUUUUGAAUAUCUCAGUAUUUUUACCCGUGUGUUGAGAUGUUAAAGCCAGAGGCUGCGGUAUCCAUUCAUAGUUUCAGUAUAUGUAAUGUGAGUUUAAAUAGUGAAAUUUUAUCGCAUACUAACAUUUAAUGUGCUCAUACUGAAAGUGGAAAACAUUAAGUAAUGGCAUUGAUUUUAAUUUGGUUGUCUAGAAGACUUCAUUUUAAAUGUAAAUGGCCACUCUGCACAUGUGAGGCCCUGUGGUUGACUUCUAUAUAAUUUGUUAGAUGGACUAAAAUGACCAUCAGACGAAUUCAAUUUGAUUCUACUUAAGCUAUUAACUUGUGAGAUUUUCUUGUAGCCAUAUAGCUGUGUGACUUCAUUUGCUAUCUACGUUUUAAAUGUGUUGGCAGUCUGCAAACCUAAAGACAAAUUGCAGUUUGUUCAUGAACACGUUAUCUUUUAUUCUUUAUAAUUGUAUUAAAUAUUAAUUAAAACAAUGGA